AUGCAGAAUUACCGCCAUGAUCCAUCGAUAUCCACGGCCCGGUCUCGCGAUGCAGACACUGGGACCCAGGCAAGCCAAAAGCCCAGCACUGUGCCCACAAGCAUCUUACCUCCUCAGCUACCCGUAACGUCCUUCGGAGGACCUUCGCAGCGUGUCCAGCCAUCGCUUGCCGGCUCUACCACCCUACCUGUUCUGUCUCACGAGGAUGGCCGCCGAGGCAGAACGCUGCGCAGCAGCGCGACGUGGACCUCGUCCACCGCCGACUUGGCCCUGAUUCCGGACAAAGACGAGAUUCAAGAUCGCCGAAAGUUCGUUCAAGAAUACAAUCGCCUGGCCAAGAAGCACGGAAUUCGAAUUCUCGUUGUUGAAGAUUUCGAUGGACUUGAGACCAAAGUCGAGGAGGCUGCGUCGCUUCGGCGUCAGUUAGAGACACGAGACGACAUGGACAUCGGUCUCCUCAGCGAACAAUUGAGGUCAGCAAAACGCGAGUGCGCCAUGUGGAAGGGGCGAGCAGAGACGGCGGAGAAACGGGUAGCUGCUUUGGAGCGGUUUACUCGCAGGUUGCGAGGUAUCAAAGCGGGAGACGCCCAAGAUGACUACGACGAUGCCUCAUCUGGAGAGAAGGGGAGCUUUGAGACGAUGGAGGACUUGCACGACGUCGUGGAGGCGGUUCGGGAGCUUUUGGCGGACACGGCUUGA